UGUUGUCCUAAUGUGUUUGCUAAACGAUCGUGAAGAUACAGCUAGUUUGUUUUUUAUAUCUUAAAUGGGGUUUGAUAAAGUAGGAUAGAGUAGUCCGUCUGUGUGUUUGGCGUUGAACAGCGACAGCCAAACAAAGCUACGUUAACGAGAAAUUUACUAGCAAUCGAUUUAACCUAACUCUUGGAUGUUUUUUAAUUAGGCUACUUUUUGCAACACUACGCCACAGAAUAAAUCAACAGUUUCAAUGCUGCAAGAAGACGAUGCUUCGCAGCUCCAGUGCUGUGUUGUGGUGGAGCGCCUCAAUCAGUCUGGCCAGGCGAUCAAACGCCAAGUCAUCCGAAAGGCAGGGGUUGUUUUGGGGCGCAACGAGUUCCAGGAGAUUAUCCUGCGCGUCCAUGACGGGAAAGUACCACAGAACUACCCACUCAAAGACUUUCAGCUGUUCACGCGGUUCGCCAAAGACGGCAAAUGCACCGUCAAGCUGCUCCCGGAAAACAUCCAGGUGCUCAUCUCCGACUGCCCGCCUCACCGGCUGAACGUUUUCCUGAAGACCCUGAGCAUCAAGUAUCAGGCGUGGAAAACCGGCACGCCGCUCACCGACCGGGCGAAGCUGAACGCCGGUCUACCGCGGAGCUUCGACACCAUCAGCCCGUUGCAACAGAAGGACGUGCAGAAGGCGAAUGAAAUGAGGAGCAAAGUGAAUGCUCCUCUGACCUCCAAACGACUCCUGGAGAGGAACUUGAAUACGAUAACUGGAGGACAACAGGUCAAAAGGUCUCGGACAGACUGUGACUCCAGUCUGGUGAAGGCCCUGCCGCCCAGCAAGAGGCCGGCCCUGUCCCUGCCCGCAGCUCGUCAGCUGACCCGGGGCCAGGCGGCCGUGCUCAGCGCUGUGCUCAGCGGCAAGAACGUCUUCUUCACCGGGAGUGCAGGCACAGGGAAGUCCUUCCUCUUGAAGAGGAUCGUGGGGUCCUUGCCACCCAAAAGCACCUACGCUACAGCCAGCACUGGUGUGGCGGCCUGUCACAUUGGAGGAACCACGUUACACAGCUUCGCAGGUAUGGGCUCAGGUGCGGCCCCCCUGGAGCAGUGUCUGGAGCUGGCCCAGAGGCCCGGGGUGCUGCAGCACUGGACCAGCUGUCGUCACCUGGUCAUAGACGAGGUCUCCAUGGUGGACGGACAGUUCUUCGACAAGCUGGAGGCCGUCGCCAGGUCAGUGAGGAGGUCGUCUCAACCCUUCGGCGGAAUCCAGCUCAUCAUGUGUGGAGACUUCCUCCAGCUGCCUCCCGUCUCCAGGGGCAAGGACAAGGCCAGCUUCUGCUUCCAGGCCAGGAGCUGGAGGAAGGUGGUGCAGGUGAACAUGGAGCUGACGGAGGUGCGGAGGCAGACGGACCAGAGCUUCAUCUCCCUGCUGCAGGCCGUUAGGGUGGGCAGGGUCACAGAGGAAGUCACGGCCAAGCUGAUGCAGAGCGCCUAUCACAAGAUCGAGCGUGACGGUAUCCUAGCGACCAGGCUGUGCACGCACAAGGAUGACGUGGAGCUGACCAAUGAGAAUAAACUACAGCAGUUGCCAGGGGCGGAGCAUGUGUUUGAGGCGCUGGACAGUGACCCGGCAUUGGUGAAGACCAUCGACUCCCAGAGCCCCGUCAGCCGGCUGCUGCAACUUAAAGUGGGGGCGCAGGUGAUGCUGACUAAGAACCUGGACGUUCAGCGAGGGCUGGUGAACGGGGCCAGAGGUGUGGUCGUUGACUUCCUGCCAGGAAAACAAGGGCUCCCGCGCGUGCGUUUCCUGUGCGGAGCGACAGAGGUGCUGAAGCAGGAGCGCUGGGUGUUCAAGGCCGGGGGCGGGCUCUAUCUCAGCAGGCAACAACUGCCACUCAAACUGGCCUGGGCCAUCUCCAUCCACAAGAGCCAGGGCAUGACCCUGGACUGCGUGGAGAUUUCGCUGGCGCGUGUGUUCGAGAGUGGCCAAGCCUACGUGGCUCUGUCCAGGGCCAGGAGCCUGGAGGGGCUGAGGGUCAUGGACUUUGACCCCCGCGUGGUCCGUGCUGACCCGGAAGUGCUCCUCUUCUACAGGAAGCUGAGGAAGGAGAGGCUGCUACUGCAGGCCUCGAUGGAUGAGUUUGUGGGCCAGAGUAACAAGGAAAACCAGCGUUUGUGAGGUGUGUCCAUGUCCAGCCUGACACAUAUAUAUACUCUGUUCACACACACCCAGACUGGUUACAACAGGCCCCCUAUGAUAUUCAGAGUGACUGGCCUUGUUCAGUAAGGGGAUCUCCAAAGCGACCUUCUCUGGAACAGCUGUGACAACAUUCCUUCUUCUACCUCCGUUAUGAAUCUCCUUCAGCAUCAUGGAACUGGACUUACACCUGCCGCUUGAUCAGAGACUACUUUUUAAAAGUUUUAUUUUUAUACUAUUUAUUUCUCUGCUUGACAUUGGGAAUUAUGCACUUCUUUAACAUGAAUAAAGUUUUUGUUGUCGCCUA